CCCUCUCUCUCCUUCUUUCUUUUCUUUCUUAUUUCCGUAACUAUUACAUCUCUACUUUUUUUUCCUCCAUCAUCAGAGCCUCAAAAGUGGUCCUUUCUUUCUUUCUUUCUUUCUUUCUUUCUUUCUCUCUUUCUUUCUUUAAAUCUUUAUUUCCAUCAUUCAGAUAAGGAUGUCUCAAGAUCCCAAUCAAAUGUCAAAGACAGAAGUCUUCACAAAACUUCUCAUGAAAGAUCAUCGUGUCAAGAUCGCUGGCAUAGAUCUGGACGGUAUCUUUCGUGGCAAAAUCAUGGCAAAGUCCAAGUUCUUGUCAGUCCUUGAAUCUGGCUUUGGCUUUUGUUCUGUCAUCUUUGGUUGGGAUAUGCAUGAUCAGACCUACCCUGAGGAACUAAGUGUCUCGAAUGCAGCAAAUGGCUACAGAGAUAUUAUUGCUGUACCUGAUCUCUCAACUUUCAGACGCAUUCCUUGGGAGAACAACAUCCCGUUUUUCUUAUUGUCAUUCCUAGACCCUGCUACAAACGAGCCCCUCGCUGUCUGUCCUCGCAGUGUCCUUAAACGAGUAACAGAUGAAUUGGCGUCAAUGGGCUGGGAAGCCAUGUGUGGAGCAGAAUUCGAAUUCUUCAACUUCAAAGAAUCACCAGAAGCACUGGAGGCGAAGGGGCAUACUAAACCAAAAAAGUUGACACCAGGGAUGUUCGGCUACUCUCUCCUUCGCCCAUCCUUAAAUCAGGAAUACUUUUAUGACAUCUUUGAUGAAUGCAAGAAAUUUGACAUCAACAUUGAGAGUCUUCAUACAGAAACAGGUCCUGGAGUGUUUGAAGCAGCACUGUCGUAUGAUACUGCGGUUAGGAUGGCUGAUAUGGCCAGCUUGUUCAAAUUAUCCGCGAAGCAACUGGGCAUUAAACAUGGAAUCAUGCCUACGUUCAUGGCAAAACCAUAUACUGAUCAACCUGGGUGCUCAGGACACCUUCACUUCUCGCUACGUGAUAUUGCUUCCCGCACCAACCUCUUUGCUGCCGGCCUUAACAGCGAUAGUGAAGAAGAAAAAGGAGCAGCGGCAUCAACAGAGGGCCAGGACAGACCAGAGUGGGAGAAAACUGUUGAGGGAGUCCAAUAUAUGAGUCAGGUGAUGAAGUGGUUCGUUGCAGGGCUCCUGACUGGACUGCCAAGUAUCAUGGCUAUUCUUGCGCCCAACAUCAACUCUUAUAAGCGUCUAGUGGAGAAUUACUGGGCACCCGUCACAGUCUCCUGGGGGAUCGAGAGUCGUGUCUCUGCCAUUCGGGUGAUUGGGCCACCUCAAUGUGAUCCAAAAGGUACUCGUCUCGAGAUGCGCGUUGGUGGUGCGGAUAUCAAUCCUCAUUUAGCUAUUGCUGCCUGUUUAGCAAUGGGUUUGUACGGUAUCAAGAACAAACUGCCCCUGCCCGUAGGACCCACGACAACAACAGCAACAACACAAAACAGUGGUACCAACGCCAAUGCCAAGAACGAACGCCUACCAAAGUCAUUAAAGGAAUCUGCUGAGGCUAUGCUUGCACCAGAUUCACUUGCUAGGAAGGUCUUGGGCGACGCAUUUGUGGAUCAUUAUGGGGCUACGAGGUUAAAUGAGUACAGAAUCUGGGAAACAUCCGUGACAACUUGGGAGACAAAGCGUUACUUCGAGCUCGUAUAGAAACAAAAGUGUGUAUUUGUAAAAAUAUAUAUAAAUAUAUAUAAAG